CAUGCCGCGAUGCAGCACUACGGGGUGAAUGGCUACUCGCUGCAUGCCAUGAACUCACUCAGUGCCAUGUACAACCUGCACCAGCAGGCGGCCCAGCAGGCCCAGCAUGCCCCGGACUACCGGCCAUCAGUGCAUGCACUUACACUGGCUGAGCGCCUGGCCGGCUGUACAUUUCAAGACAUCAUCUUGGAGGCCCGUUAUGGCUCCCAGCACCGCAAACAGCGUCGCAGUCGCACGGCAUUCACUGCUCAGCAGCUCGAGGCCCUGGAGAAGACCUUCCAGAAGACUCACUACCCAGAUGUGGUGAUGCGUGAGAGGCUGGCCAUGUGCACCAACCUGCCUGAGGCCCGGGUGCAGGUGUGGUUCAAGAACCGCAGGGCCAAGUUUCGGAAGAAGCAGCGCAGCUUGCAGAAAGAGCAGCUCCAGAAGCAGAAAGAGGCUGAGGGCUCCCAUGGGGAAGGCAAGGCUGAGGCCUCAACCCCAGACGGCCAGCUGGAGACCGAGCAGCCCCCCAGCCUGCCCACCGGUGACCCCCCUACUGAGAUGAACCUGAGCCUGUCAGAGCAGUCGGCCAGUGAGUCAGCCCCUGAGGACCAGGCAGACCGGGAGGAGGACCCCCGGGCAGGGGCUGAAGAUCCCAAAAUUGAGAAGAGCUCUGGGGCUGACAGCAAGGCGCUGGCCUGCAAGAGGGCCAGCCCCAAGGCAGAUUCCCCAGGUGGCCUGGCCCUGGCUCCUGCAGCUCCGGGGGGCAGCCUCCUGGGCCCCUCCCACUCUUACUCCUCAUCCCCCCUGAGCCUCUUCCGUCUGCAGGAGCAAUUCCGCCAGCACAUGGCAGCCACCAACAACCUGGUGCACUACUCGUCCUUCGAAGUAGGGGGCCCGGCCCCUGCUGCUGCUGCUGCUGCUGCAGCCGCCGCCGUACCCUAUCUGGGCGUCAACAUGGCUCCCCUGGGCUCACUGCACUGCCAGUCAUACUACCAGUCCCUGUCAGCAGCCGCCGCUGCCCACCAGGGUGUGUGGGGGUCCCCACUACUGCCCGCGCCCCCAGCAGGCCUGGCACCUGCCUCAGCUGCCCUGAACAGUAAAACCACGAGCAUCGAGAACCUGAGGCUCCGGGCCAAGCAGCAUGCAGCCUCCCUGGGACUGGAUACCCUGCCCAACUGACUGCUGGCCGCCAGCCCAUCCAGGGGUCUUGGGUGCCCCCCCCCAGCCCCAGGGUUAUCCCCAGAGUUAACUCAGCAAGCCCAGGGGUCCUGGCUCGGGAAUCCUGCUCCCUGCCCCCCUUCCCCAGAGCCCUAACCCUAGGUGAAGCCGCACCCACACACCCUCUGCAUGGCCCCGCUUGGAUCCCACUGGAGGCUCAGUGGGAGGAGGUGAGAA